UCUGCGAUGCAGGUUCUAGAAGGAUGAACGUUCGCGCACGAUGUCAAUCGGGGCUGUGCUUUGCACGGAAUUAGACCUUGUAGGACCCGGUUGUCACUUUGUUGGAGUCCUCGUCGUCAAGGAAAUGAAGAAAACAAUCCCUGAAUUCUGUCGAGUGCAUUGCCCAAUACUUCUUCGUCACAAUUUUUAACAGUAAAAAUCAUGUCUAAAUUGCAAACGCGAGUUUUUUACGGGUUGCGGACUGAUGUGGCCGGUAAUGCGCACUUCGUCACCGACGAUGAAGUCCUCUACCUCGUCGGAAAUGCCCUAUCGGUGCAUAAUUUUUCUCAACGACGACAGAGGCUGAUCCGGCUUCCAGACAAGCACAAAAUCAACUCCAUGACAAUUACCCCUAACAAGAAAUUCGCCGCUCUGUGUGAAACAGGAGAGAAACCGUUGAUAUCGAUUUAUGAUCUGCACACAUUGAAGCGAAAAAAAUUACUCGGAAUUCCGUACGACGCUUCAGGUGUCACAAGCUUUUCAUGCCUAGCUUUUACUUUCGACAGCAAGUACUUGGCAGUGGUCACCAAUGAGAAUCAAACGAUGCUGUUCUACAAUUGGGAGAAGGGUAAACUCGAGUCAAGCAUGGAGUUGGGCAACUUGCAAAAUCCGAACACGAAAGUCAAUCUUAUAUCCUGCAAUCCCGGUGACACUGGGAUAAUCGCCUUAGGCGGCAAAUUCGCUUUUAAAUUUCUCACAGUCUCAGAAACCAUGUGGCGUCCAUACGGUUUUUCGAAAGCUGAGAACUUGAUCAUCACUUCACUCGCCUGGCUCAACACGGACAGAUUGCUGGCGGGUACGUCGGACGGUAGAAUUCUGUUUUUGGAAAACGGAGACUUGAAAAAUAUUUUCAAAAUGACCGAAGUUACGCUCAUAAAUUUGAAAAUUCGAGAAGAGGUCGCAGUCGCGAAUCCAGUCUCCCAAACGAGUCUGAAUGAAUCCAGAGAACAUCGGCAAGAGAUACUGUGUCUCAAUGUUUUUAGUAGAGGCUUCGCUUUUGCUCUGGGGUACGGUACCAUUGCGGUUUUCGAGAAGGAUGGACAACACAAGUACACCAAGAGAAAUGUCUAUGCUAUUCCUGCACAAGUGUCAAGAGAGGAAAGCGACCACUUGUAUCACGUGAAUACCAUAAGUUCGAAUCCUAGCUCCGACAAACUGAUCAUCACCACGGGGUGGUCUCAAUUAUUUUGCGCAACACUAUGGGGACCAGAUUUAAAAGUCGAUCCAGAGCCUCAAAUGGUCGACGUGAUAGGUCACCAUUUACAUCAUGGACCUAUCGGAGGUCUAUCCAUUUGUACCUGGAAAUCGCACCUUGUGACGUUUGGCGAACUAGAUCGCAGCGUGAGAAUGUGGGAUUACGAGACUGAGAGUUUGAUCAUGGUGAAACAGUAUUUGGAAGAUAUCUCUUGUAUUGUAUUGCAUCCGACAGGUCUCUUCUGUCUGAUUGGGUUCAGCGAUAAGCUGAGAUUUAUGAGCAUUUUGUUCGACGAUUUUUUAACGAUGAAAGAAUUUUCCAUCAGAAAUUGUAAGAUCGCUGCAUUUAGUUAUGGUGGACAGAUGUUUGCAGCUGUUAAUGGAAAUAUUAUUCAAGUAUACGCGACGAUCGACUUCAAUACUCGAUUUUUACUCAAAGGCCAUACCGAGAUAAUAAGAGGAAUAACGUGGUCACAAGAUGAUGCGAGGCUCGUUAGUAUAGGAUCGGAGGGAGCCGUAUAUGAAUGGGACAUGAAUACCGGCCUCAGAUCAGCGGAAGUGGUUCUAAAGGGGAUGACGUUAAAUGGCAUCGUUUUGUCCGCUGACGGAGUUACGGCUUACUGCAUAUCUAGCGAUAAUCGCAUUCACGAAAUCAAAGAAAAUACGGUGAUUCGCGCGUACAAUAUGCCUGGCAUACAGCCCAGUAGUAUAGUGAUGGGAAAAGACGACUCGCUCAUGUUUCUCACUUAUCCUGGCGGAUUCGUCGCAUCUUUGAAGUAUCCCCUAACCGACCCUGUCGAAUUCAAUGAAUAUCACAUUCAUUGCUCGAAUAUUUCUCAGAUGGUUUUAACGUACGACGAACAAGUGCUGAUAACGACAGGAGUCGACGGCACCCUGUGUUUCUGGAAAGUUUCCUACGUCGAUGGCAAAACGUCGGCUUUGAGAAGAGACCUCCUCUACUCCGAUCAGAUCCUUAUCAGCAGGAACGACUUGGGAGAUAAAGUUCACGCCAUUCGUGACCUCAACACUCGCAUAAAGGAACUGGAGACCGAGCACGUGUACAAGAUGCGCCAGACGACUCUGCAGCACAACGACAAGCUGAGAGAGAUCCAUCAGAGCUACUGCGAGGCGAUCGAGGAACUGCGCGACAAGAUCGACAAGCUCGAGGAGGAUCACACUAACGAGAUCAAUACUAUCAACGUGGAGAUAGCCAGAACGAAAGCGGCCCACGAGGAGGCCAUGCGUCAAAUGGAGAUCGGAUACGAUUCGAAGCUCAUAGUCGAGUACGACAAGUACCAAGCAUUCGAGGAGCGCAAUAAUGCCAUGCGCGAGGACUACGAACAGAGAUUAACCGAUCUAGCGAAAGCGAGCAAAGCUGAACUGGAGGAGACGAUAGGCAAGUACGAAGCGCGACUUCGGGAAAAAGAUCUCCAGCUAAAAGAGGCUCACGAAGAGAUGGCCCAGGAGGUCCGGAUACACGAGAUCAUCAAAGCCCAGAUCGAAGACGACGCGGAUCGCGAGAUCGUAGAAUUGCGUACGAAUUACGAGGCAGCCUUGUGCGAGGAGCGCGCAUUGGUAUUGAAGCUCAAAGGCGAGGCAGGAGUUUUGAGAAACAAGCACGCCAUGAGUCAGAAAGACGCCGAGGAUCUGAAAUGGCAGCUGAAUAGCUUGCGAGACGAGUAUACCCAAUUGAAAGGCAGAAAAGAGGAGCUCGAGAAAGACGUGGUGGAUUUGAAGAGCGAACUGCAAGACAGAGACUCGACGAUACUCGACAAAGAGAAGACCAUAGACGAGCUUGGACUGGCUAACCAGGAACUCGAGAAGUUCAAAUUCGUGCUGAAUCAUCGAAUAACCGAAUUGCAAGCUCAAAUAGAACCGCGCGACAAGCAGAUCAACGAGCUCAAGGACAAAAUCGCUGACAUGGAGUUGGAGCUGCUGGGUCUGAACAAGACGAAUCAAAAUCUGGAGUUGAAGCUGUACGAGCUAAGAGAAAAGCUAAGCGCCGCGAAGCGGGAGAUUCAAAUCGAGACACAGCGGCGUAAACGAUGCCAGCAGGUAUCGAGAAAGAUCAGGAUCGAGUUGCUCGAUACAGCGGCACUGAUACAAGAACCGAAUGCCUUGAAGAGCGCUAUCAUAAAGCUGUACCAUCGCUACAGCGACAGCGAGGAGUUCUUGCGAAAUCACAAGGCAGACCUGGACGCUCAGUGCGAAUUCAUGAAGCAGAGGGACCACCUCGAGAAGACCAUCAGUUUACUGAAGAAGCAGAUAGCGCAGAAUAACUCGGGAUACCUCGAUGUACAGCUCGACAAAAUACUCGAAGAGAACAUAACGCUGCUGACGGAAUUGAAUGCCCUGAGAGAGGAAUUGAAGGCUGCGCAGAGGCACAUCGCCGACAUGGAGAGUCUGCUGGGUUUGAAAGGCAGAGACACUGGACCCAUGGAAGCCAGAGCUAAGCUGGCCAAAGCUUGUCACGGUAACGAAGAACUGGAGCAGAAUUACAAAGAGCAGAUCCAAGAGUGCCAGAGAAUAAUCAACGUCUUGAAGGAGGAUAUCGAUAGGCUGAUCAGCAGAUUGACGGAGAAGAGUACCAAAAAGCCGGAACAAUGAUCGUCGUUGCACUUUCGAAAUAUUUACACAACUU